UAUGGAAAUGCAAAUGUACGCCUCUGUAAUAUUGUGCUUCUGAUGUUUAUGUUGUGAGAAAGAAUUAAGAGUUAAGGGUUUUCUGAUUUUAUUUCAAAGUACACUACAAAGUCAUUUUAAAUUGAAUCUUGAAUCGGAACCUUUUGCCAGUUUACUUUGAUCCUUUUACUUUUACGAUCAAAGAUUGUGGUAAUUUAACUGGAAGGAGGGUAAAUCAUUUACAUGACAAUAGGGAUGGUCUGUUUUGUUUUCUACAACUCUCGUUCAACUCUGACCAAUCACAGCAAAGUGGGUUAAACUCGCGCGUGCGCUUUCGAUACAUUGUGUUUUUGUUGAUAUCCUGAUAUUUUCAGGCUCCGAGUUUAGCUUUCUGAAGCUAAUAAACCUCCCCUUUUUUGGGGGGUUUUACUAUUAUAGCCAAUUUAGACAAUAAUAAAAUACCAUAGCUAGCUUUAUGAAGGGCUGAUGGAGAACACAAGGAAUUUGGCUGAGCGCACCCCGCGUUCGGAGCGUAAGCGCCAGGACUCGUUCGGUAUGUUUGACGGGUACGACAGCUGCAGUGAGGAGAGCACCAGUAGCUCCAGCUCGGAGGACAGUGAGGACGAGGUGCCCUCCAUCCCUGCCAGCCUGCCCAUCAUCAAGAACAAUGGACAGGUUUACACCUAUCCCGACGGCAAGGCUGGCAUGGCCACCUGUGAGAUGUGUGGGAUGGUUGGAGUGAGAGACGCCUUCUACUCCAAAACUAAACGCUUCUGCAGCGUCUCCUGCUCUAGAAGUUAUUCCUCCAACUCUAAAAAAGCCAGUAUAAUGGCUAGACUCCAGGGUAAACCACCUACGAAAAAGGCCAAGGUGUUACAGAAACAGCCUCUCAUGGCGAAGUUGGCAGCUUACGCCCAGUACCAAGCAAGUCAACAACAACAAAACCUGGCUAAAUCAAAAGCAGUAGUUCCUGUUGAAUGCUUUGACUGGGGAAGAUACAUCUGUAGCAAUAACCUGGUUGGAGCACCAGUCAGCUGCUUCAAGCACGUCCCUAUGGGUAUGUGCUGGGGAGACCUAGCUGAAGGAGUGAGGGUGGAGGUGCUCAACUCCGAUACUAACCUCUCUACUAAAGUCUACUGGAUAGCAGGGAUCGUCAAACUUGCAGGGUUCAAGGCUCUGCUGCGGUACGAGGGUUUUGACAACGACACCAUCAGGGACUUCUGGUGUAACCUCUGCGUUCCAGAGAUCCACCCCGUGGGGUGGUGCGCCUCCAGUGGGAAACCCCUCGUACCUCCCAAAUCGAUACAGAAUAAGUACUCUAACUGGAAAGCUUUUCUUGUGAAGCGACUCACUGGAGCCAAGACGCUGCCACCAGACUUUGCUGCUAAGGUCCAUGAGAACAUGCAGUUCCCUUUUAAGAAGCUGAUGCGAGUGGAGGUGGUGGAUAAGUCGCACCUGUGCCGAACUCGGGUGGCUCUGGUGGAGCAGGUGAUCGGGGGAAGGCUGAGGCUCGUCUACGAGGAGAGCUCCGACGACUUCUGGUGUCAUAUGUACUCCCCGCUCAUACACGCCAUCGGAUGGUCACGGAGCAUCGGACACCGCUUCAAACGAUCCGAUGUGUCAAAGAAAAUCGAUGGUCAGGUGGACGCCCCCGCCCCGCUGUUUGCCAAGGUGAAGGAUGUGGAUCAGAGUGGUGAAUGGUUCAAGGACGGGAUGAAACUAGAGGCCAUUGACCCUCUAAACCUCUCAGCUAUAUGUGUAGCCACUGUAAGAAAGGUGUUGGCAGACGGGUACCUCAUGAUCGCCAUCGACGGGUCGGAGGCAGCUGAUGGCUCAGACUGGUUUUGCUACCACUCCACUUCUCCCUCCAUCUUCCCUGCUGGCUUCUGUGGAAUCAACAACAUUGAACUCACGCCCCCUAGAGGGUACACUAAACUGCCAUUUAAAUGGUUUGACUACCUCAGAGAAACGAGUUCAAUAGCCGCUCCUGUGAAGCUCUUUAACAAGGAUGUUCCAAACCAUGGGUUCCGCCAGGGCAUGAAGCUGGAGGCCGUGGACCUGAUGGAUCCCAGGCUGGUGUGUGUUGCCACAGUGACUCGGAUCGUCCACCGCCUGUUGCGCAUCCACUUUGACGGCUGGGAGGAUGAGUACGACCAAUGGGUGGACUGCCAAUCACCUGACCUCUACCCCGUGGGCUGGUGUCAGCUGACCGGCUACCAGCUACAGCCCCCCGCCGCACAGAUGGCCAGAGAAAUCCCACCUGCUGUACCUAAGCAGAAGAAGAAAGCCCAACAGUACAAAGGCCAAAAGAAAAAGCGGAAGAUUCCGGUUGGUCGACGGCCCUUCAGUCAGGCAGGCAGGAGGAGGAGCCUAUCAGGGGAGGAGGAAGAGCAGAGUCCGCCCCCUUACUCCAGCCAGGGCCCCACUAUGGUCCCCCGGCCCCGCACCCACCACCACCACCACCACACCCACAAACCAGAGUCUCUGUUGCGUCUGAAGGAGGAGCCGGCUGAGGUGGAUGAGUUCACCUUCUCCCAGGGCAUCUCAGAUCAGGAGAGCAACGGCUCGGGCAGCUACUACAUCAAACAGGAGCCAUGAUCAUCCGGGGGACAAGGGCCUCGGGCUAGGCCUGGGAGGCCAGGGGGAACCUCUUACACCCCCCCUCCCCCCAACUAGGAUAAGACAUCUUUAAACAAAGAUGAGAACAACAGGGCAGGGAGCAUGGAGUGCUCUAAAAAAAAAACAUAUCCAGAGAUGCCAGUUUCUUACAACCCAAUCAGGAGAGAAUGCUACUGGGGUACAAAACACUGAGUGACUUCACGCCGUGAAACCCCAACCUUCACCCACAAAUUAAGCUACUUGGGGCUCCCCAAAACCACCCAGGGGCGAGUACCCUUCUGAGCAGCUACAGCCUCAAACCCUGGCGCUCUGAUAGAUAGUCACUCAUUCACUGAGACAGACAUACCAUAUGAACAAGGCUAACGGGUAACUGGACACUUCCCAAAGCCACUGGCCCAGAAGAGGCCUCUUAUGAUACCUGGACAAUCUGAUUUAAAAUCCCAAUUCCCUGGAUGAUUGGAUACGACUGUGGCUCUCUCUCUCUUCCUCCAUAAAUGCAUCUAUCUAGGGGGCAUUGGAGCUCUGGAUGCCCAGAAACAGAAGCCUCUCAUUUGGGUAGUCUCUCUCCCCCACCCUGCUAGGCAGGAUCUCUGACUCAAAACUUGGGGCCCAAACACACAGUCACCUGGACUAACUGUGACAGAUAUUUCUGAGCCAGGCCUUGGUUUAUUUCUUUCAGGUAAGAAGGCUAGCCGCACGUGGCGGGAUUUAAUUUCACUCGGUCUUGAGAGGGAGGGAACAAGUUGUAUAAAGCAGGAUGAUUAUUAUUAUUUUCCAAACAUUUUGCCAGGUGGACUUGCUUUUUAUUUGUUCAUAGUACUUGAAGUUUUCAGUUGAUAUUUGUAAAGUUUCUGUUUUUUGUUUGUUUUUGCCCUUUAAAUUGGGGGGUUGUUGUUAUUUUGACUUCAACGCUGAUUUGUUAUCAACCUCUCUUUUGGGGGGGGGGGGAGAUACCGUCGGGAGUGGUGUAGAUAUUAUGAGGAUACAUAUUCAUAGAUGUGACUGUUCAAUAUAGAACUAUAUAGAUAUUAAGAAUUGUGAUUUGACGAGAGUGGGUUUUGAAUAGAUGUUGUAUAAAUCCGAAACCUUGCUGGUGUGAUAGGACUGACACUCUCAAACCUAGAUGGUGUUUGUGUCUUAAUAGGGUAACUUGCGUACUACUUAGUAUUGGCUAUCCAUACUAGGUAGUGCUAAUGUGUCUAUUGGGAUACACUAGAUAAACACUGUCACAGAUUGCACUACAGGAACAAACAACCAGUCUCUUUGGGUUGUUGGAACCACCCUUUACCAUGUCAGCAGCUUUAGAAUAGAAGGACCGGACUUAGCUAACGUUUGCAUCUGUUUUCUUCAAGUACAGGAUACAACUCCAGAAACAAAGCUAAACCAUGAUAUACUCUUUAUUUUACUCUACCAUAUUGUCAUAACCUAUUUUCCGCGAAGAAAACAAGUGUAAACUUAGUAAGUCUGGCCCUAAAAGACAGAAAUGAUUUUAGUAAUCAAGCAAAGUUUAAUCCUAAAAUGACGUUGUAAAGCAGGCAGAAAAACAAUGUAGGCUACAUUUCAUGGAUGACUUCCGAGAUAUGCAAAACCGGUCAUUUUAUUUCACUGGUGUUUUUCCUCUUGUGUAUGGGUAGUUCUUUAUUUCAGAGCCAUAUUGAUGCGUACUGGUUAAGUAUUCAACCGAGCCACUGGAUAACACCUUUAUUGUUCGUGUUAAUGUCUUUUAUUAAACGCGGCUUUGUUGAUAGUCUGUACGUACAUAAAACCAAUGGGAUCAGAUUGGAGUAGGCUAUAGCAGGAGAACCUUUCCCAUUGGCUUCUUUAUUCACCAAUUAGAGGUCAUACAUUUUUAUAAGAUUCCUGAUUGGUUGGAGGAGAUCCUCCUGAAUUCCUGAAUAUGCUUGUGUGUUGUAGCUGGUACUGACUGAGUGGUGACGCAUCUGUAUCUAGACUUAAUUUCUAUCUUUGUACUACCUCCUGGUGAGCUUGGCAGUCAAAUAGAGGCAGGGUUGGGGCUCAUUGUGAAUUCCUAAUGGGGUCUCAAAUUUGAAAUGCAGGUUUGGGCAACUUGAUAUACCAUAUGCAAAUAAAAUAAUUAUAUCCUCAUGUUUGACUUUAAGACUAGACCGCAAACACCGAUAUUUCUAACAUAGCACAUUUGAGGUAGUCCUCGAAAUGGAAUAAUAUGCAAUAAUGUUUUCUGUAUUAUUUUGCUAUGUCACAUCCAUGAACUAUAACACCCUAAAGUGAUAUUAAGAUACAUAAAAUAUAUUAUACUUACAUCAGUUUACCUAAAUUCUAUUGCAUAACUGUGACAACUGUGAGCUAUGGUCUAUAAUCAGAAUAGAAUAGUUAGGUUUGUUAGAACCACACGCUAUAUACACUGAGUGUACAAAACCUUAAGGACACCGUCCUAAUACUGAGUUGUUGCCCCUCCACCCCCACAAACCAGUGUGCCUGGUACCUACUACCAUACUCCGUUCAAAGGCACUUAAAUCUUCUGUCUUGCCCAUUCACCCUCUGAAUGGCACACAUACACAAUCCAUGUCUCAAAGCUUAAAAAUCCAUCUUUAACCUGUCUGCUCCCCUUCAUCUACAUUGAUUUGAAGUGGAUUUAACAAGUGACAUCAAUAAGGGAUCAUAGCGUUCACCAGGUCAGUCUGUCAUAGAAAGAGCAGGUGUCCGUAAUGCUUUGUACACUCCGUGUCCAAAUAGACUAGUACAGAAAAAUGGGUCUAGCUCAGUGAUCGUCGCAGUUGUGAAAUUAGCUAUAAUCUCUCUAUACCAGUAAGGUUGACGAUUAACUUCUCAGGAAAUGUUUGCUUUUUCUUGUCUUCAAGGGUCAAGCAAAGCACAUUACGGUUAAAAUCAAACAGAACGACAUUGCGUAAAGUUACUUAGAGAAAGGUCUUAAUGGAACAACUUGCUCACAAAUAGUUUCUUCUUGUCCAUGUCUGAAUGUUGAUUUCUCCCGUCUUUGAUAUGGUUUCUUGUGUUCAGUGAUUUACUGUUCAGUUGGUUGGUAAGGUAUUUUAUAUAAACCAUUCAUGUCCUAAUGUUCUAACAGUAACAAUUAAGAUCCCUUGGAUGAGCUUUCAGUUUGACGCCGUGCUUUGUGUAGAUAGGUAUGUGUUACCCUCGUUGUUUCCAUGUGGUGUUCUUUUUCCAAGGGAUGUAUAGUUUCAUAGUUUCUGCCAAUAUGCAUUUCCUCUCUGUUGAUUUAUGAUUGAAUUGUUCAUCAUAUUAAUUAAGGUUAUAUACAAUGUCCAGCAGAGCAAUAAAAUGUCGUGUCUCGUUAUACCCUUAUGUGUAAAAGGUUUGGAGUUCAGGAUUUGCUUUUUUGUUUGUGAUUCACUUUAUGAAAUUCGAUCUGGCGCAGACUUUGACUAACUAGAUGAGAACUAAGAUGGCAUUAAAGGAUGAUGGUCAUCUUAACCAAUUAACUGACCAAAUUGUAUUAUCACCGUAAGGAAAAUGACACUGCUGUUUAUAGACUAACUUUGCUGCUACUUUCCAAAUAACCCAAAUGAUUCCUAACGCACAAUCAAACACCGCAAACCUUUUCUGCAUUUUGAAGGUUUCUACUUUUUCAGUGAUUCUAUGCCUCUUUCUUUAUUUUUAGAAAUGUAUGUAAGAAUAUCCCAAUAUCACCUAGAAGCCCAAUCCAAAGUCAACACCUUGCCUCUCCAUCUAGUCACUUCUGAAUCCUUCUUAGAUAUCUGAAAGAACAGGUUGUGUAUAAGCAAUAUGACAUUAUAAGCUCACAUCUAUCCGGUCUGUUCAGAUGUACAAGGGGCAAUUCAGGAAGUGUGUAGAUCUGAGGGGCUGAUUUGGGAGUGGGUGCACUGAUCAAUCAAGUUAGAGUGCAUGCAGAAUAGUGAGGUUUUUCUGUGGUCCUGUACUGAGCUUUUUGUUUGUUGUUGCUGUUAUGGUCUUUGGUCUUGCUACCGCCCACUAAAUUGACCUCUAGCACCUAACCCAAAGUAUCUCCUACAGAUUUGAUAGGUAUGAGAAACAUGGUAAUACCUCCAUUUUGCCCUUUUGGUAAGCUUGGUGGAAUUUGAGCCAUAUUGCUUACACCUAGUCAAAUCUUUUCAGACUCAAACAUGGUUUCUCGUGGUGGUAGGGGCUAGGGAGUCAAUCUAGAAUGUGGUGUCUGUUCAUUGAAUACUAACACGGGUCUCUUUUUGUAUGUGACAAACCCUCUAUAUUCAGCCAUUAUAUCAUGGUGCUACAUAUAUUUGAUAACGUGAUUAUUAGUUAUUCUAUUGGGGAAAUAAUUCUCAAUUGUAAUUAUGAAUGGAGGGGCUUAAGUUGCGUUUUUGAUUUAUUUUGGAUACAAAUAACAAUGGUUUGUUAAGAUUGUUGAAAUUAUUAACACUGGCCCUUGUAAUACAUAUUAAGUUGCAGUGUAGGGUUUGUACAUGUUUUGAUAGUGUCUAUAAAAAUGAGGUUUCCUUUCAUCAUUAUGGUAAUUUUGUGCUGUGAUCAAAGUUUGAUAGACAAUUCCUUGAAUUUGUAAAUAUAUCAAAUGUUUGGGGACAAUAUUGGUUGUGUUUAUUUGUUUCUUUGUUUACAAUCAUUGCAAAUGGUUUCCGCAUGGCUGUGAAAAGGUCUAUCUGUUAGUGAUUUUUGUAAGAACUAACUUUUUACACUGAAUAAAAUGAUACUUAUAAAUUA